ACACACCUUGCUCGGGCUGUCGGGGUCGACCUGCACACGUCCUACAGGCCGUUUCUCCUUUGGAAGCGGGUGAUGCCCCAAUGCCCCACUCACAGCGAGCUCUGCGGUGCUGCUCUGGGUCUCCACCAAGCUGCUUUCUCCAGGCACCAAUUUAGAGUGAGUCCGAUGCGUUUAGCAGCGUGGCUUUAUCCCAGAUUUCCUCCAAAUUGCACAGGGGGAACAAAGCAGGAGUUGGUGCUUGGAGGAAACCUUCCACCUGUGCAAAACGCUGGGGGUCUCCUCGGCGGGGUGCCCAAGCCGGAGUCCGGGCUUGUUUCACCAGCACAAGAAACAGCCAGCGGAGAAGUUUUUACUCCCACUGGUGAUAUUGUUAACGGUGGAAUGAAAUAUAUUCACAAACAACUAAUAUUUCCUCCGUCACUGCAAAGAGCAUGCAUCUGGAAAUAAUUAGCAUGCACAAACCCAACUUGCACAUUCCUCCUAGGCCUCCAUUUUGUGCCGCCUGCAGACUCUAGCAACGAUGGUUUUCUCGGCAGCUCUCAAUUUCUACAGAUUUUUCAGUAUUUCUAACACAGGGCCAACCCCUGGCCGAAGCUUGCUGGUGACGCAGAAACCAUGCUCAGCAAACCACCCCCUGGUGCAGCUUUUUCAGCUUUUUUGUGUGCAUGGUUUGAUGGCAGCUCUGGCUUUUUCCCUUUUUCUUUCUUUUUUUUUUUUUUCUCCACAAAGCCCUCGCCGCCACUGACAUGCUCCUACUUGUGCCUUCGUCUCUGUAGAUGACGGCAGCAUCGGGAACCGGCUGCCCUGCAGCCAUUCCCCCCAGAGUCACGAGUUGCAGCAACUGCUUUUGGGUUGAAUUCAUCUUGGAAAGGGACCGAGGGGCUGCCCGAAGCAGCUGGGUUUUUAGCUGCGUGGCCGGUGGGAGCCUGUGCAAUGCCAGGAUGGGUCCCACCAGCCCCGUGGUUGAAUGUCCACCGUGCCAAGCGAGGAGAGGGAAGCCCUGAAGGGACACGUGCUCCUCACCCCGUGGGACAAGAGGCUCAGCACCUUCGCUGGGCUGAAGCCCGCUGGCAGAGGUUUCCUCCCUCUUCCAAGCCCUGGUGCUGACACCAGCUUCAGCAGCUGCCCCAGGGCUCUGUGUUUCUCUUGCAAAGCAAGAGCAGGUCGUGUCAUUAGCUCGGCAUAAUUUGCCGUCCCAAAGCACCUACUCUCUUGCCCAGGGCCACAUCCAGCCGUGCUCGGGAUGGGUUGCACACCCAGCACAGUUUUCCCUGCAAGUUCAAUACUGUCUGCUCUGCUUUGGUCCAAACUAAAGAGGGAUAUACACCCACGGACAAGAGUUGCAAUGCUUAAAUCCUAAAGAAGUCCAGCCUCUUGGCUGCUUUGGAGAGUUGCACAACUGGAGCACGGCUGCAGUUCUCCCUCCAGCACCCAGCAAAGCCCUCUCCCCUGCCCUCGCUCCGCCGAGAGCAUUGCAUCGCUUUGGCUUAGUCACUAUAUUUCUGCAUUGCUUCUGUGAGAAGGUCAUUAAAGCACUGUAAAAAACACGCUGGAGACAAGUGACUUCGUUCUCAGCGCGUGGCAAAGUAGCUGCGGUGAGCCCAGGCGGGAAGCGCAGCCCUGACCCCACCCAGGUUAUCCGGCAUUAAAACCCAGAGAGCAAACCGAGGCGUGCAAAACCCGGCGUGCAAAGCCCAGCGUGCAAAACCCAGCGUGCAAAGCCCGGCGUGCAAAACCCAGCGUGCAAAUUCCGGAGGACAGAUCCCGGCGUGCAAAACACAGCACUCAAAAGCUGGUGUGUGAAACCCAGCAUGCAAAAUCGCAUGUGUAAAACCCAGUGUGUAAACCCCAGUGUGCAAAAGCCGUCAUGCAAAAUCCAGCAUGCAAAAACCCAGAUGUGAAACCCAGCGCAUGGGCUCGGCGGGUCUCCCCAGGUACAGCUGGGUGCACUGCUGGUUCUCCGCUGAGUGGGGAAGCAAAAGCUGAAGUGUUUUUGAGAAGCACCAACAGCGGCUUGAGAGGCAAAGAUGAAAAUUUCUUGUGUGAGCAGAAAAGAGGAAGAGGAAACCUGGCAGAAAAUGAAUUUAUGUGAAAACCCACUGCCUUCCACAUUCCCCUCCAGCUGGAGAAGUCCUGCAGAGGAUCCUGCUCAGAGCGAUGCAGUUCCUCGGUCACAUCUGCUUUUCAUAAGGCAGACAGACAAUCCCGGCUCUGUUUCUUCACCCCAGGCCAGAUUUGGUUUCUCUGUUCCCGAUGUGACCGUGGCUUUCAAAAGCCAGAAUUAGCUCUGCAUCCUCCUGUGAAAUGCACGGCAGAGGCUCGACGGUCCUUCGCUUCAGGGCUUCGCGCCGUCCAAAGGCAAAGCCUCAAUGGGGUGUUUCAAGCUGGGACAUCCAAAAUACGGCACUGCAUCUGAGCGACUAGAGCGGCGCGUGACAGACAGACAGGCGGACAAACAGCAGGUACAGAAGAGCAAUGGCUUUGAGAACGGUUGAUGUGGCUUGUCAGUCUGAAGUGACCGGCUGACGUUUGAACUCUGGCUGGCCUUUCUUUCUGCUGGCCAUAUCCCAAAAUGGGGAGGAUCAGCAUCUCAUGUUUGCUUCCUGCUUCUUGGCACUUCAGCAUCUCUCCAGUGGGAUGUCCGCGUAUCCUCAACACCACUUUGCGGCAGAUCGUUGUGAUAGGAAUACUCGCCGCUGCUGUCUCUUUGCUUUACUACUCUCUGGUGGUCAUCCGCAAUAAGUAUGGGCGUGCGUACAGGGACAAAAGAUUCCACAGAUAUCUUGCUCGAGUAACUGACACUGAGGCUACAGAUACAAACAACCCCAACCUGAACUACGGAAUCGUUGUGGACUGUGGCAGCAGCGGCUCGAGGAUUUUUGUGUAUUGUUGGCCAAGGCACAACGGUAACCCGCAUGAUCUGUUGGACAUCAAACAGAUGAGGGACAAAAACAGAAAACCAGUGGUUAUGAAAAUUAAACCAGGCAUUUCGGAGUUUGCCAGCUCUCCUGAAAAGGUCAGUGAUUAUAUUUCUCCACUUCUGAGCUUUGCUGCCAAACAUGUGCCACGUGCAAAACACAAAGAGACUCCUCUUUAUAUUCUGUGUACUGCAGGAAUGAGGAUUCUGCCAGAAAGCCAGCAGAAGGCAAUACUUGAAGAUCUGCUCACUGAUAUUCCCGUGCACUUUGACUUUCUGUUUUCGGACUCACAUGCAGAGGUUAUUUCAGGGAAACAGGAAGGAGUAUACGCAUGGAUUGGCAUCAACUUUGUUCUUGGAAGAUUUGAGCAUACAGAUGAUGAGGAUGAAGCCAUUGUGGAGGUGCAUGUCCCAGGUGGUGAAAACAAAGAGGCCAUCUUUCGUAAGAGGACAGUGGGUAUUCUUGACAUGGGCGGAGUGUCGACUCAGAUAGCGUACGAAGUCCCUAAAACUGUAAGCUUUGCCUCUUCGCAGCAGGUUAUUAUCUGUGCAACUUUCUUCUUUUCCUUUUGGUUUAUUUUAAUGCAUAUUUGUUGUUUUUGUUUUCUUUGUUUUGAGUCCUAUUCUUCAUUACAUCCCGUUCCAAAACCAAGGCACGAGAAGAUGGCAAAUACGAGUCCUUCAUCAGAGGAAGUAGCCAAAAACUUACUUGCUGAAUUCAACUUGGGCUGUGAUGCUCAUCAAACCGAGCACGUGUAUAGAGUCUACGUUGCAACAUUCCUUGGCUUUGGGGGAAAUGCAGCACGCCAGAGAUAUGAAGACAGUCUAUUUACCAGUACAGUGCUUAAAAACAGACUGCUGGGCAAACAGACUGGCAUGACUUCUGAUUCGCCCUACCUAGAUCCUUGCCUGCCCCUGGAUGCUCAGGAUGAGAUCCAGCAGAACGGACAGAUAAUGUAUCUGCGGGGAACAGGAGACUUCAAUCUGUGCCGUGAAGUUAUUCAACCGUUCAUGAAUAAGACUAAUGAAACGCAGACCUCUCUUAAUGGUGUCUAUCAGCCCGCUGUGCACUUUCAGAACAGUGAAUUCUAUGGUUUCUCAGAGUUCUACUACUGCACCGAGGACGUGUUACGCAUGGGAGGAGACUACAAUGCUGCUAAAUUUACUAAAGCCGCAAAGGAUUAUUGUGCCACUAAGUGGUCUGUCCUAAGGGAACGUUUUGACCGUGGUCUUUAUGCAUCGCACGCUGAUCUCCACAGAUUGAAGUACCAGUGCUUUAAGUCAGCCUGGAUGUAUGAAGUAUUUCACAGUGGCUUCUCUUUUCCUGUGAGUUACAGCAAUUUGAAAACAGCUCUGCAGGUUUAUGAUAAAGAGGUGCAAUGGACCUUGGGAGCCAUUCUUUACCGAACACGGUUUUUACCUUUAAGAGACAUCCAGCAAGAAAACUUCCGUGGAAUUCACUCCCACUGGAGGAGCUUCUCCUUCGUUUACAAUCACUAUUUGUUUUUUGUCUGUUUUCUGAUUGUGCUGCUCUCCAUCCUGCUUUACCUGCUGAGGCUGAGACGGAUCCACAGGCGAAUGUUGCGUAACAGCUCGUCUCCUUCCCUAUGGAUCGAGGAAGGCCUCCCACCACAGAAGAUCGCAGGACCCUUAUGAGAUGCUGUGGUGGAGAGCUUUUAUUGGACUUGCUACUCGAAAAGCCAUUUUUGCCUCAGGGUUCCUCCUUUUUGUCCCUUUAACCCAUUGAAGAAGCAGAUUGCCUAGAGCGUGUAAUGCAGCUAGGCUUUUGAAACAUAGGAAAAUGGGGUCAACUUGGCUUAGUCUCAUUAGACAAUAUCUGCCAAAAAUUAAUUUUUUUUAAUGUUGCACUUUUGUGUGUGAUGGGACGAGCAAAGACUUGUCAGUAAACGUGCAGGAGCAGCUUAAGCUAUGUAUGGUAAGAGAAUGAGUGUGAAUUCUCAUCCUUUGGGUGAGACUGUGAAAUCCUGUUAGUGAGGAUGAAUGAGGACUGGUUUUAUUUUCUUUUCCAGAUUCCAGGAUUGAUAUCACUUGAAUUCUUAAUUCUGAGUCUCCUCAAAGAAAAGGAAGCGCAGGUUUUUGAAAAGCAGUAAGAAAACAACCUUUUAGGACAGCUUAAUCUGAUUUUUAUCUUCUGGGAUAAGUACUGUGAUGUAGAAGAGAAAUCUAUUGCACCCAAUGCCGUGCUUCCACAAACUGCUUAAAUCAGUUCUGUUUAUUUGUGAGUUUCCCCUUUCAUCUUGGGAGCUGUAUCCCCAUAGUGGCAAAAGUCACGGCUUUGUAAUCCUUUAUUUCUGUUUCAUAAUCAUUGAGAAAUCUCCCUGAAACUCCAGUAAGGUGAAGAGAACUGGAACAGGCCUAGGCUUUUGGUUCUGCUAGAGUAGACAUGGCACAGUGUCUCCUUGUUUUGAGUACUUUGAUUUGUUAAUUUAUAUUUUAUUUAAAACUGUUAAUUUUAAUUGAAAGUAAACUUGUCCAUGAUUAAAAGUGGGAUUUAUAUGAA